AUGGGAACCAGUGCACAUAUACUUCCAGCUAUGGACAUGAUGGUAAUGAGGAAAGGUCUAACUCUAACACAGCAACACCAACAAGAUCUGAAUGUUGAAGUCACUGAAAAAGAGAUAGAUGAGGCUCUGAAGGGGAUAGGAAGUGAUAAAGCACUAGGGGUGAUGUUUCCAGCAAUCAACUGCACCACCAUCACUUUGCUACCUAAAAUUCCUAAUCCGGUGACAAUUAAGGAUUUCAAGCCUAUUGCUUGUUGCACCACCAUCAUUUCUGAAGCCCAAGAAAGAUUUAUUCCAGGGAGGAAAAUAGCAGAUAAUAUCAUUCUUGCUCAUGAGUUAGUUAAAGCUUAUAGAAGGAAACAUAUCUCCCCUAGAUGCAUGAUGAAGGUUGACAUGAUGAAAGCAUAUGAUUCUGUUGAAUGGGUGUAUUUGGAACAACUGUUAGAAUAUUUAUGA